AUGGUCAUGGAAAAGCAGCCGAAUGAGCUUUUAGGCCGGGAUGAGCUAACCGAGGAAGGGGAUGAUAGGGAACAGUUCUCUGAAUCUGAUAUUGACGUUGAGGACUAUUUCAACCUGCUGCUUUCACCUGCUCGGCCACGAAGAUUCCUCAAAAAACUGGGGGUAGAGUCUGAUUCCGAGCUGGGGGACGAAGAUGAGGGCGGCAGCGACGAUGGCGUGGAUGAGAGCCCUCUUCGCCGUCGCUCACGACAGCCUGCCGCGCAGUCAAGGCGUGGUCUCCGUGGUCCUGCCCCUGGUACAGGAGGGCGGCCACGAAAGUCUCGAAGGCAAACUCGGUCGUACAUGCCGCCACGACGUAUUCGGAGUCCGUUGAUAAUUCCACCUGAACAAUCAGCUGUUUUUCAUGCACAAGAUCCGGUUUGGAAUGGCGACCUUGACGCUCCCGCAUUGACUGACCGUGAGGCCACCCUCCGCGAGUUCUGGACCAUGCUGGACAAUGAUCAGAUGGAAUACUGCAGGAGAUGCCAAGAGAGUUGGUUUCAGAUGAAGAUCGAUAGCGACGGCAUCUGUGGGCGUUGCUAUCGAAAAGACGCGAAACGACGCACCGGCGAGCCGUAUUUCUUCUCUGCGGAUAAUCAGCUCGACUUUGGCCCUGUGCCGGCGCGAUUGCCCCAGCUUACACCUACCGAGGAGUCGUUGAUUGCUCGUGUUCACGUCCACUACGCAUAG